CCCCCUCCCCGCCCUGCCCCCCCGAGGCCCCCGCCCGGCACUUGCCGCGCAGCCAUCGCCCGAAGAUGGCCCGCUCCAAACAGAGAGGCUGACUCAACUCCGCCAAGUUCACGCUCACCCCCCCGAACUUAUCCGGCCGCGCCUGCAGCCCCGCCAGAGCAGCCCAGCCCCGCGCACGGUGCAGCGCCCGCCACGGCCUCACCAUGGCGCUGCGUGGGGCUGAGCCGGACGAGACGAGGCCACCCCAUGGGCGGUGCCGGCCUCUGCUCCCGGAAGCGCUCUGCGACAGCUGGCGGGGCAGCAUGGCCGCGUCUUCCAGAAGGAAGAGUAAGGGGCGGCCGGUCCCAGACAGCGGUGGCAGCGAUGGCUCUCCGCGCGCCGUUCCCCUUGACGCUGCCGAGGGCGGGCCGCUGGUGCUGGGGGUCUCGGACGCCGUGGAGGCAGGAGAUGAUAAAGUUCCAAAUAUGUUGCGAAGAGACCUCGCCCAGCUGUCACUGAGCAGCAUGAAGUCUGCAAACGUAUGCAUAGGUCGUCCGGUCUUGAUUACGUCUGCUAAUAGGCGACAGGAGGUCUGUACUGCUUGGCCCACCACAGGCUUUCCAGGUGGGAAAGUUGGGCUGAGUGAAACCACACAGAAGAACUUGAAAGCAAAUCUGGGUGAUGCUGUCACUGUGCAGCCUGUAAUUGGUGCAGUCAUCCAGGCAGAGGAAAUCAAUGUAAAGUUGAGGGACAAAGAUGCCACCAUUAAUGCCGAGGAAAUGUCUGUCUGUCUACUGAGAAACCUAGAUGGGAAAAUUGUUUUACCAGGAAAUCUCUUGGCUUUCACCUUCUAUGGCAGAGUUUGUAACAUUGUGGUGAUGAAAGUGAAAGGAACUGAUGGUGGAGAGCUGACUGCCCAGGGCAGCACCGUUUCUGGUGAUGUGCAUGAGCCAGACCUUGAAGGAUCAAAUUUGGACACAAGUAUGUUAGAUUUGUCCUUCCAGCUCGGCAAGAUGGACAUUGACAAUAGUCCAGAGGUUGCAUCUAUGAGCACACCAAGCAAACUGAUGGAUCCAAGUUCACCACUUACACCCAGUUCUGCUGUGACGGCCAGUGAUCAAGGUGCUGGUCAGGCAGAGAAAACCUGCAGCAAGGGAGAUGGCGCAGACCUCAGUAGUAAUUUGGAGUUGUCUGGGAAAGGAGGCAGUGAGGGACUCCCACUGACUGGCAAAACUGGACAAAUAAGCAGUGCAGACACUUUUUAUUUUAUUUCUUCAAGAACUAGAAUCAGUUUUAUUGAAACAAGGUCCAAUGCAACAGAUGAUGGUGACUGUGAAUCCCAAGUCACCUAUGAUAUGAUAGGAGGUCUAAGUAGCCAGCUCAGAACUAUUAGAGAAACAGUUGAACUGCCCUUGAAGCAAGCUGAACUGUUCAAGAGUUACGGCAUCCGUCCUCCUAGAGGAGUGCUCCUGUAUGGCCCUCCAGGUACUGGGAAGACUAUGAUUGCCAAAGCAAUUGCAAAUGAGAUUGGCGCUCACGUUAUGGUUAUUAAUGGUCCUGAAAUAAUCAGCAAGUUUUAUGGGGAGUCUGAAUCAAGAUUACGUCAGGUAUUUGCUGAAGCUUCCUUGUGUCAGCCAUCCAUUAUAUUUAUAGAUGAGUUGGAUGCACUCUGUCCCAAGAGAGAAGGGGCUCAGAAUGAAGUUGAAAAGAGAGUUGUUGCUUCACUGCUGACGUUAAUGGAUGGCAUUGGCUCAGAGGGCAGUGAAGGACAGCUCUUGGUACUUGGGGCCACUAACCGUCCUCAUGCACUGGAUGCAGCACUGCGCAGACCUGGGCGUUUUGAUAAAGAGAUUGAAAUUGGAGUCCCUAAUGCCCAAGACCGUCUGGACAUACUCCAAAAGCUUCUCAAGAAAGUCCCCCAUUCACUCACAGCAGCAGAGUUGGCACAACUAGCUGAUAGCGCACAUGGUUAUGUGGGUGCAGACUUAGCAGCCUUGUGCAAGGAAGCAGGUUUGUACGCAUUGCGGAGAGCACUGGGGAAAAGACCUAAUGUAUUAGACAACGAGGUGGCUGGGUCAGUGAUGAUUGCUUUCAAUGACUUCCUACAGGGGAUGAAUGAUGUCAGGCCCAGCGCCAUGAGAGAGGUGGCAGUUGAUGUGCCAAAAGUAUCUUGGUCAGACAUAGGAGGACUGGAAGACGUCAAGCUUAAAUUGAAGCAGGCAGUUGAAUGGCCUCUCAAACAUCCUGACUCCUUCAUCCGAAUGGGGAUUCAGCCUCCGAAAGGUGUGCUGCUUUAUGGACCUCCUGGAUGCUCAAAAACAAUGAUAGCAAAAGCUUUGGCUCAUGAAAGUGGCCUCAACUUCUUGGCAGUGAAGGGACCUGAGCUGAUGAAUAAAUAUGUUGGUGAAUCUGAACGAGCAGUGAGAGAGAUAUUUAGGAAAGCCAGAGCGGUGUCUCCUUCAGUUCUUUUCUUUGAUGAAAUAGAUGCCUUGGCAUUUGAAAGGGGCAACUCUUCAGGUGCUGGAAAUGUAGCAGAUCGUGUCUUGGCUCAGUUGCUAACGGAAAUGGAUGGGAUAGAACAGCUGAAGGAUGUGACAAUUUUGGCAGCUACAAACAGACCGGACAUGAUAGACAAGACACUUGAUAAGAGUGAUGAAGCUUGGGAUUCAGUGAUUAGUGCUGUUUUGGAUCUGCAGAUACCCUUUAUACAGGCCUUGCUGAGACCAGGACGAAUAGAUAGAAUUAUCUAUGUGCCAUUGCCAGAUGCAGCCACUCGUAAGGAGAUCUUCAAACUUCAUUUUCAGUCCAUGCCAGUCAGCGAUGAGGUCUGCUUAGCAGAGCUUGUUCAGCACACACAGAAGUACUCAGGAGCAGAGAUAACAGCAGUCUGCAGAGAAGCAGCCCUUCUAGCUCUUCAGGAAGACAUACAUGCCAAAUCUAUCAUGGGACAGCACUUUCGGUACGCACUGACUAUUGUGACCCCGAGAAUUCCUGAUUCGUUAAUCCAGUUUUAUGCAGAUUAUCAGCAGCAAAGUGGACUGCACGCGCUUUGAAAGGCAAAUUAAUACAUACACCUAUUCACAGUGUGAAUAGUGUAUUUCCUUUGUAAAGCUGUCAAAAGCCAAAGAAUUUUGUAUUGUGAGUAGAGUGUCUGAAAUUAACUCAAGUGCAGAAUUGUCAUAAUAAAUGCCUAUGUGGAAGUUUGGAGCAUAACUGGUAUCAUGUAAAACUUCAUAUUUUUACAGUUCCAGUGGUAUAAUCUGCAUUUUGGAGGUGAUAAGAUUGUUAGUUUAAGUCAAUUUAUUGGAGUGUGUAUCUGUAAAUCAAAAAGUAAUUAUCAAAUUCUGAAUUUUUGGUGGAUUCUUGGCCCUAAAGAGAGUAGCAGCAAGUGUCAUUACUGCCUUCAUUUGUUCCUGCCUCAGCCGUAGUCUGAUCCCAGGGACUGUCUCAGUGAGGCACAGACCUGAGGAGUGGCCUCACUACAAAAAAUGCUGACAAUUAUUCUGAACCUUUUGAUUUAUGAUCUCCAGAAAAGCUGCCAAACAGGCUUGAUGAACAUAGAGUUUUCCGAGGUAAAGCUAAGGUAUCAUGACUGAUGACAAUGAAACAUUUGUUUUUGGUUUUAAACAACUCCUCUUUACACGUACUGGGAAUUAGGCAUCUUUAAAACUGUACAUCCCUUGGCUAACCGAAAACCACUGCCAGGCCUCAGCAAAAGAUUUCUAUUGUUAUUUGUUUGUUUCCAUCAAAAUAAAUAGGAAUGUUGAUUGGUAAUUUAAAGCUGGCCACUUGAAUGAAUACUAAUUAAUGAAUAAGAAAACCUCCUUGCAAAAACUGUUAUAAAUGACCACAAAAUAGUUCAGGGACAGGUAAAAUCUUUUGGGCUUAUUUCUUUGUUAUAUUGAAAUGACUAUGGGUCUUUAUAGGUUCUCUACUUUGCACUCAAUAUGAAAUGAAGAUAAGUAAACUCAUUUUCAGCUUUUUUCCCCCACAGUAGAAAGACUGAGCUUUUCUAUUCCAUACAUGAAAAAUAGAGGGAAAGAUAAAGCAAAAACAAUACAAACUUGAAUCAAAAUAGGAAAGAAAAAAAAAUAAACCCCCUCAAUUUCAGUGGGGAAUUCUGUGUUUUCCUGGUGUUUUGCAGGUAAAUAGAAGGCUUUCCAGGUCAAAAUUUUAGCCAAAUCCAGCUUUCAUUUGUUGAAGUAAACAAAUAUAUUUUUAGGCUCUGUGUAAAGUUAUUUUUUGGAUUUGUUUAUCGAUGGUUCUGAAGACUUUUCUUUCUUGCAGCCAUUAGAUAUAUAUUCAGAAGAGUAGUAAUUAUUUAGAAAUUUCCAUAAAUUUAUGAGAAAUUUGUGUAUAUCUAAGAGAGACUUCUACUAUAUUUACUUAAGUUAUCAAUAUGAAAUUUUAAAAGUAAUCUCUUGGCCUUGAUUAUGGUUUUUCUCUUUUAGUUCCACUCUGUACAUAAUUUGCAGCUUUUAAACAGAAAUAUACUAUUUUUAUAUAGCAACUUUUCUAUUUUAUUUUAAACUCUUGUUGUUAUAAUUAGCAUUUAAUUUUACUAUCUCUGAAAAGGGUUAGAGCAUGAGAAAAAGCAUGUCGUUCACUUAGUUCAUGUGAUGUAUGGGCAGUUUUUUUUCUUUUUUCAUUGUUUGACCUUUUAAUAGUACAACAGACAGAGGGAAUUAAGAAAAUUAUAAAUUGGAAAAGUUGCCUUGGGGAUCAAGACUGUAUUUGAAACUACUUUAUCAUCUUUUUCUAACUUUUAUAUACUACAUCUUGAAACUCAGGUUGUGAACUGUUUAUUAUAACCAUUGCAUUUUUGAUAAUUCCAAAAAUUAAAUGCCACACUGUUAUCCCCUGGUACUUUCCUCCAGUGUGUGUUCCUGAAGGAAGGAAAGAAAAACUAGUUUUUACUGCCAAUAAUGAAUUCUGUUUAUAAUUUUAUAUCCUAAAAAUAACACUAUUGAUGCUCCAGAUCCGUAGCAAAACUAAAUCGCCAUUUCUUGGGAAGUGUUCAGUCAGAUCCCUUGGGAAUGUCCACCAACGCAAGAAUCUGAACGGAGAGAGGCAGGUAGGAGCUGGCUGCCCUUUCUGUACGUGGGCUUCUGUUGCCACUAGUGAGAAUUUGCACAUUGAAUUUUAGGACAUUAGGAGAGAAUGCUGGUCCAUGACUGCUGUUCAUGCUUUAGGAGAGAACCUAUCCCUGCAAACAUUUGUCCUCUCAUCUGCACAGUACCACAUGUAUCCACGUGGUACCAAAUCUCUUGAUACAUACCUACAUGCCUGAAGGGAUUUUAAAUGUAGGAAGCUGCCUUUUUUUACGUUGGGUUUGUAGGACUUGGUUUUUAAAAAAGCAAGAUACUGUUAAAAUCUGAAGUCCCUAGAAGGUUUCUGUUGCUCCCAAAGACUGAUUCCACUCAAAAUCUUGCUCCAUCCCAAGCCACAGAUAAAUUGAGAUUUAAAGGAAGGUGUGGCGAUUCCCCUUCUCUUUCCUAAUGACAGAUCACCAUUAUCAUGAACUACCACCUUGAAACUUCACAAAAAUCUGGAAAGUAACCAAAAAUUCAGUUUUGGCCAAAGCAUAUCAGCAACCUAGUCCUUUCAGAAUCCAGCCUGGUGAACACUUUUGCACCCUCACCCUCUCAUUGGAACUUACUGAUGAAGGCACUGUAGGACAGAGCACUUCUGAAGUAUCUUCCAUUAACCUGUCAUUUAAAUGAGUGUUUUUUAAUUCAGAGCUGAACUUUUCACAGGGUGUUUUACUGAACACAUUGUGCCUUGGCACUAAAUCAAAUUGCUUGCAGUGUGAGGACAUAUAAGCCUGAACACCUCCAUGCUUCAGAGUAAAUCAAAGAUAGAGGCAUUCUUUCUUCUGCUGGGUUAAUCACGUUUACUGUUGUUGGAUGUUUCCCUGAGAUUUACUUUUAAUAAAAUGAUAGAGCCCCUGUGAAUAGAAGAGAAUGAAUCUGAGAAGAAUCUCUUCCAUCCUCUCUUUAACUGCUGAAGUGGUUCCUAGACUUAUUUCUUUACGUUCUUUAGAAAUACAGUCUUUUUCCUGCCUGCCAUUAUCUUUUGGAGCCAGUUUUUGGCCCCAAUACUGCUUGAGUUGCAGAAUUGUUAACAUUAAAUCAGCUUUUCAACGUUUCAGGCACAUUUUGUUUAAAUACAAAGUCUAACUUUUUCCUCCAAUAACAGCGUCUUUGAAAUUGGCAUAAAAUGUCUUUUGACAGGUUUGCCAAAAAUGACCAGGAGAAUAUUUAUGAUCAAAAUGAAAAAAUGUCUUCACUUAACUUGAGAAAAAGUUCAGUCCUGUGUUCUCCCUAAUGUAUAAACCAGAUUUUCACUGCAGGUGCGAUAUACAAUUCUUAAUCCUGGAAAAAGAAUGAAGUUUAUUGUGGAUAAUUUUUCUGCAGUCGCUAAAUGAGAACAGAACAUAGGUUUACUGAGUUCAGGUGCAAGGGUGAACAUCAGGGACAAGAUAAUUUUCAAAGAUGGAUAUUCAAAAUCACUGGAUUUAGAUUUGUCAGCCCUUUCAAAUAUUGUACCCUGAAAGUUUAUUUUUCUGGCUUGUGUAUGCUGGCUCUUUCCUUUCAGUUUCUUUACUCAUUUUAAAUGUCAAACUGUGGUUCUUCUCCUUCAGAAACUGGGCACGUGCCAAACAUAAUGCUCCUAUAACUGAACAUCAGGCGAUUCUUGCUGCAGGAAGGCUGGCUAUAGAUGGCUUUUCCCUGUGAAGGCUUCAGACUCUGUGCUGAUGAGGUGUGGAGAGGAGUAGAGAGAAAGCCAAACUCUAAAGCCUGGUGUUUUAUAGUGUGUACUGCCCAUUAAGCUGAAGUUAAGUGAUGGACACAAGUUCAUGGGCGGGAGAACUCUCCUUAUUGCAACAGGCAAGUAUCAGUGCUGUGGAGGAGGCAGAUCCUUAAGGCUUUUGGAUGUUUCUGGCUCUCCCAGAGAAACCGGUCAAUUGGGUGGGCGAAACAGUAUUACCAAAACUAGAAAAGCAAAUGUCCAGUGGUUGGGGUAGCUCAAUAUGUAGUGAUAAGUAGGAGAAAACUUAGAAGCAAUUGUACUUGGAAGAUGAAGAGUCAGGCAGACACCUACUGUCAAAACCUUGCCAAAAGCCCGUGAAAGAAUUAGUAAAAAGCAGGCAUGAAGAAUUCUCCCUGCUACCUGUGAUCGCAAAGCUGGGACAAAACUGAAUGUGCUUCCUUCACACUCCUGUGGUUUGGGAUUACCCAUGUGCUAAUGCAGUCAGGGUGCAGGAAGUGGCUUGCAGUGGGAGCUGGGACAAACUGACCUGCGCCUUGACCUGCUCAUGACACAUAUGAUGGGGAGGCCCACUCUUUGGCCACCACUGACAAAGCCAGCACAUAAGGACAGGUGGGAUGAAGGACAGUGAAUAAUCUUUGCAUUUUGGCUACUCCAGCAUAAACUGAUGGCCACUGAACUCAGGAGCCAGGUGGCCUAUGUAAAGCUUUUUGUAGCUGCUCCAAACUGUGUCUUGAGGUCCUGAUCAAUAUGGAGCUAACCUAUAAAAGAGUUGCAUUUGGAAGAUUGGUUUUACAUUGUGACCCUUUUGUAUUUGUAUUUAAUGUUCUUGUUAUGGUUGUAGUGAAUUGCUGUAAUUUUUACCUACUAUGAACCCCAAAUUCUUCUGCUUUUGCUGACACAUUUUUUUUCCUGACACGAAAGAAAAUACUGUAGGUAAUCUAAUGUGUGCAAUUUAAUAAAGAGCUUUUACUAGGGAGUAGAAUCACA